AACAACAUCCACCCCACAGCUUGGAAAAGGCAAAAAUUAUGUCAAAAGGAAAAAAAAAAUUCCACUCCCAAGAAAACAAUCUCAAGAAACAGAAGGAGGAAUAAUUAAAGGAGAGAUCGCCAAUCCGGGGCAAAUGUGUAUAUAUAUGUGUAAGAGGCACACACUUGUGAACCGACUAAUUCUACUUUUCUGGCUUCAGGACUUCGGGCAUCAGAGCCAGAGAGGAAAACUCAAGAGGCCAACUGAUUCUUGCCUUUGGUAUGUAUUUCAGGACCAGAAGCAGCUGUGAAGAGCAGAAAGGAUGGGACAGCCCUUCACUCUGACUUGGAUGCUGAUGAUGGUGGUGGUCUCUUUGUUCAUCACAGCUGCAGCCGCUGAUAUCUUGGAAGCAAGAAGAUGCUCGGAAUGCCACAGCAAUGCCACCUGCAUGGAGGACGGGGCCGUCACGACGUGCUCCUGCAAGCCGGGCUUCGCCGGCGACGGCCUGGUGUGCGUGGACCUAGACGAGUGCGCCACCCCAUCGGAGCACAACUGCUCCUCCAACAGCAGCUGCGUGAACACGCCGGGCUCCUACACGUGCGUCUGCCUCGAGGGCUUCCGCCUGACGCCCGAGCUCGGCUGCACGGACGUGGACGAGUGCGCCGAGCCCGAGUUUAGCCACUGCCACGCCCUGGCCACCUGUGUCAACGUGGAGGGCAGCUACUCAUGCGUGUGCCCCACAGGCUACUGGGGAGACGGCCGGCACUGCCAGUGCUCUCCAGGCUCCUGCGCGCCGGGGCUGGACUGCGUGCGCGAGGGCGACGCGCUCGCGUGCGCGGAUCCGUGCGAGGCGCACCGCACCCUGGAUGAGUACCGGCGCAGCACCCAGUACGGGGCGGGUUACGCCUGCGACACGGGCCUGAGCGGCUGGUACCGCUUCGUGGGCCAGGGCGGCGUGCGCAUGGCCGAGACCUGCGUGCCGGUCCUGCGCUGCAAUACGGCCGCGCCCAUGUGGCUCAACGGCACGCACCCGUCCAGAGAAGACGGUAUCGUGAGCCUCACGGCCUGCGCGCACUGGAGCGGCCACUGCUGCUUGUGGGACGCGCCCGUCCAGGUGAAGGCCUGUGCUGGCGGCUACUACGUCUACAACCUGACAGCGCCCCCGCAGUGUCAUCUGGCGUACUGCACGGACCCCAGCUCCGUGGAGGGGACGUGUGAGAAGUGCAGUAUAGUCGAGGACUGCAAAUCAGAUAAUGGCAGGUGGCACUGCCAAUGCAAACAGAACUUCAACAUCACAGAUUUCUCCCACCUGGAGCGCAGGCUAGAGUGCGGGACCAAUGACAUGAAAUUGUCCCUGGACAAAUGCCAGCUGAAGAGUUUGGGCUUCGAGAAGGUCUUAAUGUACCUGCGUGACAGCCAGUGCUCGGGCUUCAAUGAGAGGGGCGACCGGGAUUGGAUGUCUGUAGUGACCCCAGCCCGAGCUGGGUCCUGUGGGACAAUGAUGAUGAGAAAUGAAACCCAUGCCACCUACAGCAACACCCUCUACCUGGCAGAUGAGAUCAUCAUUCGUGACCGCAGCAUCACAAUCAGCUUUGCAUGCUCCUACCCCCUGGACAUGAAAGUCAGCCUGAAGACCUCCCUGCAGCCAAUGGUCAGCGUCCUGAACAUCAGUGUGGGUGGAACAGGCAUGUUCACUGUGCGGAUGGCACUCUUCCAGAGCCCUGCCUACACGCAGCCCUACCAAGGCACCUCCGUGACGCUGUCCACCGAGGCCUUUCUCUACGUGGGCACCAUGCUGGAUGGGGGUGACGUAUCUCAGUUUGCACUGCUCAUGACCAACUGCUAUGCCACACCCAGUGGCAAUGCCACAGACCCCCUGAAGUACUUCAUCAUCCAGGACAGAUGCCCACACACUGUGGACUCAACCAUCCAAGUGGUGGAGAACGGGGAGUCCCCUCAAGGCCGAUUUUCCGUCCAGAUGUUCCGGUUUGCUGGAAACUACGACCUGGUCUACCUGCACUGUGAGGUGUAUCUCUGUGACACCAUGAAUGAAAAGUGCAAGCCUACUUGUUCCGGGGCCAGAUUCCGAAGUGGGGGUGUCAUAGAUCAAUCCCAUGUCCUGAACUUGGGUCCCAUCACACGGAAAGGUGUCCAGGCCACGGUCUCGAGGGCUGCUUCCAGCAGCUUGGGGCUCCUGAAAGUCUGGCUGCCUCUGCUUCUCUGGGCCACCUUAACCCUGACAUUUCAGUGAUCGAUGGUAGGAAACCCUGUGCUUUCUGACCACCGGCUCACUUCCUGUCGGCCGUGGGGGGUGAUGCAGGCCAGUGGUCCAGCCACAGCAAAGAGGGCUCACACUCCAGUCAGCCUGCUCUUCUUUUGUCCCCUUUCAUCCUCGCUGACAAAAAGACUCAGCCUGUGUCUUUAGAUGCUGCUUUCUCUUUAAAUGGGACUUGUGAUGUGUCUGUGCGUGCUGCCUGCCCCUGUUUCUUUAAAGAGUGUGGCAAAAUAAUAAUUUUAAAACCUCA